CGACACUGGGCGGACGAGGCGGUGGAUCAACACCACAACAGCAGCAGCACAGCGAUGGCGAAGAGGAACGCAUCACGUGGCGAGGAAGGAAAGACGGCACAGGAUGGCUGCGAUGGCGUCGAGCACGCGAAUGCUGAUAACCGCGGUGGACAUGCCAAUAGCAAGAGGGCAAAGCAAGAAGAGAAGCCGAAACCGCAGGUGUCUGCGUUUCGAGCGCGUGUGUUUGAGCUAGUGCGGAGGGUUCCGGAGGGAAAGGUGACAACCUACGGGCGCCUGGCUCGAGCCUUGGAUUGUGGCAGUGCCCAGGCCAUUGGACAAGCCAUGCGGCACAACCCGUUUGCCAUGCUCAACUACACGGCGCCACCUUAUCCGCCCGAGAUGGUGCCGUGCCAUCGCGUGAUUGCAUCCAGUCGCGCUCUCGGCGGGUUCAGCGGCCAAACCGAUCCAAAGUCGAAACAGCUUUGCAACAAAGUGUCGCUGCUCAAGAAGGAAGGAGUCACCUUUGAGAAGAAGCGCGGCAAGACCCUGGUGAAGGAAGAGUGCAUUGUUGAUCCGCCUAAGGAUAAGCCCAAAGGCAAGCCAUGACGUACCCGACCCUGCGCAACCUAGGCCGUGCCGGAGCUCAGAGAGCUGCGAGGAGGCGAACGUGCCUGCCACUACUCCCACUGCUUCUGCCACUGGUGUUCUGCCACUGCCACUGUUACUACUGCUGUUACUGCCACUGUCACUGCUGCUGUUACUGCCACUGUUACUGCUGCGACUGUUACUGUUGAGCGCUGAACGUGUCGCGGGGCUGAUGAUACGGGAGUGUGCAUUUGAGUUUUAAUUGGCCGUUAAGAGAGAAACAGAUGCCAAUAUGCGUUGGAAUGAAAUCGAAAUCAUUCACGUAAUGUUGUAACAAGCACACAUGGGCAUUCACAUGCGCUAUGAAAGAACGCACAACACAAAUGGAUGGCCAGAGCCACGUGCAGGGGAAUAAACCAUGCAAAA